AUGCGGCGCAAGAAAUGAUUUCGGCCCGGACACCUGCUGCUGGUGACUCAGGAUGACCAAGGAGCCUUGCAGAUGGACUGCCCCUUCGUCCCUUCAGAUUGUCGCUACCUCGGCUACCUGGAGGAGAUUCCUUUUUCCAUGGUCACCGUGGACACGUGCUAUGGGGGUCUUGAAGGUAUUAUGAAGUUGGAUGACCUUGCGUAUGAAAUCAAACCCCUCAAGGAUUCGGAAAGGUUUGAACAUGUGGUUUCUCAGAUAGUGGCAGAUGCCGGUGCAACAGGACCUGCGUAUGGACCGGGACACAAGGAGGAUAGACACCCACCGUCCCCUGAAGCAGAUGUCAGUGUAGCCCCCAGGAGUGGUGCUAGGGUGUUUGCAGCACAUAAGGGAAUCAUGAAAGGUUUUGUUCAAUAUUCUAAUUCAAUGUAUCGUGUAUACAACAGUGUGUCUAAGUGUGUGGAAACCCUGGUACGUAUGUGUAGUAUAGUGGACUCCUUUCAACAAGGUCUUGCUGUCAGGUUCUAUCUAGUCGCAGUGGCACUAUUUAAUGAAAGAGAUCCAACUGUCAUGAAUGACUAUAGAGUACCAGGUGGUGCAUACGCUCGUUAUCACGCAAAGAAUUUCAGACGAGUCAUAGAAAGCACUUCAUCCUUGAUGGUAAUCCGUGAUGGACCACGGCCAGGCCAGUUUGAGCCAGAGACCUAUCCCGUAUGUAACACCAGUCGUAGCCUGCUCUUCGUUGGUUAUCUAGGCAGACAUUAUUUAAUGUUAGCUAUUGUGUCAACUCAACUCAUUGGGAGAAGUUUUGGUCUGUGGUAUGACGGUGAUAACUGCUAUUGCAUGCGAAGGACCACCUGCCUUAUGGCAAAAUACCCAGGCUUGACAGAUACCUUCAGUGACUGCUCCAUCGGGCACUGGUGGAACAUAGUAGCGAUACGGGGCAGUUGUAUAUUUAACACGACGGUGAGCGAUUUUAAUGAAAGCCUGAUAAAGACGCGUUGUGGAAACUAUAUAGUAGAGGACUGGGAGCAGUGUGACUGUGGCCCCUUCAAGCAGUGUUAUAGCAACAAAUGCUGCGAGUAUGACCGUAUGUUGGCGGAAGGGGCUACUUGUAAUGAAGGACUAUGCUGUACAGACUGUAUCUACUCUGAACCUGGGACACUCGGCAGACCAAUCCAAAAUACAUGUGAUCUUCCAGAGUACUGUUUUGGAACAACCAGUCAAUGCCCGGAAGACUUUUAUAUGCAGGCUGGAACGCCCUGUACUGAAGAAGGCUACUGCUAUCAUGGAAACUGCACUGACCGCACCAUGCACUGCAGAGAAAUCUUUGGAAGACACACUACUAACCCUCAUGAUGUCUGCUAUACAAUAAAUCGAAAAGCCAAUCGAUUUGGACACUGCAUAAGAAAUGAUAGGGUGUUGAACCAUGCUGCUUGUGGAGAAGCAGACAUAAAAUGUGGAAGGCUGCAGUGUAGCAAUGUCACUCAUGUUCCCCGGUUGCAGGAACAUGUUUCAUUCCAUCAGUCAGAGAUCUCAGGGGUCUGGUGUUGGGGGGUAGGCCGUCACUAUUCCCCAGAAACAACUGAUGUUGGUCAUGUGAGAAGUGGUACCCCCUGUGCUCCUGAGAGGUUCUGUCUCAAUAGCACCUGCAGUGCUCGUAUAGAUGCAAUAACUUAUGACUGUCCCCCUAAGAAAUGCAAUCAUAGAGGAAUUUGCAACAAUAGAAGGAAUUGCCAUUGCCACGUAGGCUGGGAGCCUCCACUGUGCUUAAAGAGAGGUCCUGGAGGGAGCACGGACAGCGGACCCAGUUCAAGGAGAAUUCGCUCAGCAGAAACAAGCCAAGCCUCGAUCCUAUAUUUGAAACUGGUCUUUGGUCGCAUUUAUGCCUUCAUAGCUGCACUCCUCUUUGGUGUGGCCACCAAUGUUAAAAAUGUCAAGACCUCCAGAGUUAAGGUAGUGUAGUAGGUGAUAAAUAAAUUAUAAACCAGCCUCCCGACCCCUGUACAACCACUGGUAAUGUAGAAGUAAUAUCAAUAUAUAUGAUGAAAUCAGUAAUAAGAUGGCAAAGAUGAAUAUCAUGUUCUUGAAGUCUGCAGGAGAGGACGGCGGGUUUCUGUACAUCAGGGGCGGUCGAGAGGCAUCGAUGUUCUCACAUCAGGUCUCUUUGAUAGGUCGCUGAUCAGCGCUCCGAAAUAAAUCUUG